AUGGAGCGCUCCCCGCCCGACGGACCGCUGAACGCGUCGGGGGCGCUGGCAGGCGAGGCGGCGGCGGCGGCGGCGGCGGGCGGAGCGCGCGGCUUCUCCGCCGCCUGGACCGCGGUGCUGGCGGCGCUCAUGGCGCUGCUCAUCGUGGCCACGGUGCUGGGCAACGCGCUGGUCAUGCUCGCCUUCGUGGCCGAUUCGAGCCUCCGCACGCAGAACAACUUCUUUCUGCUCAACCUCGCCAUCUCCGACUUCCUCGUGGGGGCAUUCUGCAUCCCACUGUACGUGCCCUAUGUGCUGACUGGCCGCUGGCCCUUUGGCCGGGGCCUCUGCAAGCUGUGGCUGGUGGUGGACUACCUGCUGUGCACCUCCUCUGUCUUCAAUAUCGUGCUCAUCAGCUAUGACCGCUUCCUGUCAGUCACCCGAGCCGUCUCCUACCGGGCCCAGCAGGGCGACACGCGGCGGGCCGUGAGGAAGAUGGUGCUGGUGUGGGUGCUGGCCUUCCUGCUCUACGGACCCGCCAUCCUCAGCUGGGAGUACCUGUCGGGGGGCAGCUCCAUCCCCGAGGGCCACUGCUACGCUGAGUUCUUCUACAACUGGUACUUCCUCAUCACGGCCUCCACCCUCGAGUUCUUCACGCCCUUCCUCAGCGUCACCUUCUUCAACCUCAGCAUCUACCUGAACAUCCAGAGACGCACCCGUGUCCGGCUGGACGGGGCACGCGAGGCGGCUGCCUCGGAGCUUCCCCCCGAGGAGGCCCGGCCCUCCCCGCCGCCGGCCGCGCCCAGCUGCUGGGAUUGCUGGCAGAAGGGGUGUGGGGAGGCCGUGCCGCUGCCCAGGCGCGGGGUGGGGGGCGGCAAGGCAGCCCCAGGCACUGGGGCCGAGGCUGGGGCCGCGGCCCUCGGGGGCGGCAGCGGUGGAGGUGCCGCGGCCUCGCCCACCUCCAGCUCUGGCAGCUCCUCGAGGGGCGCCGAGCAGCCGCGCUCAUUCAAGCGGGGCUCCAAGCCGUCCACAUCCUCGGCGUCCCUGGAGAAGCGCAUGAAGAUGGUGUCCCAGAGCAUCGCCCAGCGCUUCCGGCUCUCGCGGGACAAGAAGGUGGCCAAGUCGCUGGCCGUCAUCGUGAGCAUCUUUGGGCUCUGCUGGGCCCCAUACACACUCCUCAUGAUCAUCCGGGCCGCCUGCCAUGGCCCCUGCGUCCCCGACUACUGGUACGAGACGUCCUUUUGGCUGCUGUGGGCCAACUCGGCCAUCAACCCUGUCCUCUACCCGCUGUGCCACUACAGCUUCCGCCGGGCCUUUACCAAGCUGCUCUGCCCGCAGAAGCUCAAGAUGCAGCCGCCCAGCUCCCUGGAGCACUGCUGGAAGUGA